AUGGAGGAUCUGUUGGUUUUACCCGCGGAGGACAGCGCGCCUCUAAAUGUCUCCGGGGGGGUCUGGGGUCCCGCCCCGGAGCAGCACCAGUACAUCAUCUGGAUCCCCAGCGUCGGGAUCGCGGUGGUCUACGGCAUCAUCAUCCUCGUGGGUCUGGUGGGGAACGUGACCCUGAUGAAGACGUGUCUGCUGGUGAAGUCCAUGCGCACGGUGCCCAACCUGUUCCUGUCCAGCCUGGCUCUGGGGGACCUGCUGCUGCUGGUCACCUGCGCCCCAGUGGACGCCAGCCGGUACCUGCUGGACCAGUGGCUGUUCGGUCGGCUCGGCUGCAAACUCAUCCCGUUCAUCCAGCUCAGCUCCGUGGGGGUGUCCGUGUUCACCCUGACUGCGCUCUCCGCGGACCGGUACAGAGCUAUAGUGAAGCCUCUGGACAGCCACAGAUCCAACCCCACGCUCAGCAUCAGCCUACGUGUCGGGUCCAUCUGGCUGCUCUCCUUAACUCUGGCUAUUCCCGAGGCCGUCUUCUCCGACCUGCACACCUUCACCACCAGCCACACCAACGAGACAUUUGUGACCUGCGCGCCUUACCCCCACGCAGGGGAGCUGCACCCGAAGAUCCACUCCACCGCCUCCUUCCUCAUCUUCUACGUGCUCCCGCUGCUCAUCAUUUCUGUUUACUACGUGUUCAUCGCUCGCAGCCUGGUCAGCAGCUCUGCAGACAUCUCUGCUGAGGGACACCUGCACCUCCACAAACAGAUCAAGUCCCGGAAGCGUUUGGCCAAAACCGUGCUGGUGUUCGUUGGCCUGUUCGCAGUCUGUUGGCUCCCCAGUCACGUCAUCUACCUGUACCGCUCCUACCACUACGGCCAGGUGGACACAUCACUAGCCCACUUCAUCGCCAGCGUGUGCGCUCGCGUCUUGGCCUUCACCAACUCCUGCGUGAACCCGUUCGCUCUGUACCUGAUGAGCAAAAGCUUCAGCAAACACUUCAGAAAGCAGCUGCUGUGCUGCAGCUCUCCCAGGCAGCUGUACAGUCAAAGCAGCGCCAGCACCAACAUAACCACCGUCUGA